GAGCCCGCAGCCCUAAUCCUAAACCCUAGCAAUACUAAUAGUAGAACUUAUUCGCGAUCUCGUUCUGUUCUGUACCUGCACCCAGCCGCAGCAGCAAGUGAUCGAAGCGAAAAGAGAGUAAUCAGCAGAGAAAUUCAUCGUCGUAGUUAUGGGUAAAGUUCACGGAUCACUUGCACGUGCCGGUAAGGUUAGAGGCCAAACCCCAAAAGUGGCCAAGCAGGAUAAGAAGAAGAAGCCACGUGGCCGCGCUCACAAGAGGAUGCAGUAUAAUCGCCGAUUCGUCACCGCCGUGGUGGGAUUCGGCAAGAAGAGGGGACCUAACUCGUCUGAGAAGUGAGGCUGAGGCUUAAAGAAUAUGUCACUACUCUAUAUUUGAUUUAUCUUUCUUGUCUUUAAUUUGUAUGUUUUGAUUGUGUUCUGUGAACGGGUUUUGUUAGCUUUAAUAUCAAACUAGAAAUUUUGAAUACAAUUCUAAUUCUAUUUCUAAGUUCAUUU